AUGUGGCUAAAGGAGAAGGGUUUUAGGGAUCUGCUGAAGGGGUGGUGGCAAAGUCUAAGAUUCAAUGGAUCCUUUAGUUUCAUUCUUGUAGAGAAAUUGAAGGCUUUGAAGGCUAUCUUAAAGUCUUGGAACAAGGAUGUUUUUGGAAAGGUGGGAGUGAAUAAGAAAUUGGCCUUGGACAAAGUGGCUUUUUGGGAUGCUCAGGAGAAGUUGCGUCCAUUAUCAAUGGAGGAACUAGAAGCUAGAAAGGAAGCAAAGAGGGAUUUCGAGAAAUGGGCUCUAAUGGAGGAGGUUUCUUGGAGACAAAAAUCAAGAGAAGUGUGGUUGAGGGAGGGUGACAGAAACACAGGCUUCUUUCAUAAGAUGGCCAAUUCCCAUAGAAGGAGAAACUGUUUGUCUAAGAUUAAAAUAAAUGGAACUUGGUUAACUGAGGAGCAGGAAAUUAAGGGGGGUGUGGUUGGAGCUUUUAAGGACCUUCUGACUGAUCUGGGUGAUUGGCACCCAUCUAUGGAAGGUUUGGACUUUAAUAGGAUUGAUGUUGAGGAAGCAGCUAGACUGGAGGAGGUAUUUUCAGAGGAAGAGGUUUUCUCUGCACUCUCAGAUCUGAAUGGGGACAAGGCUCUUGGUCCAGAUGGUUUCCCCCUUAGUUUUUGGUAG